AUGUCUCCCGUCGCUAUCACCGACUCCGCUUCGUCCGGCUUCGCGCCAUUGUUCGACGCUUUGCGCACCGCGCCGACCGGGCCUGACGCCAAGGCCGCUGCUGAGAAGAUCGCUCGCGAAGUGUCUAAGCACGGCCUCCAAUCGCUACAUGAUGAGAAGGUCUUUGAGACGCUCUCCGCGUUUGCGAACAACAAAAAAUCUGGCUAUGAGCGUGAAUCAGCCGCAAUCGGCUUCCAUGCCCUGGCUACGGUCCUCGGACCGCCCGCCGGCCCUCUCUUCCUUCCGCAUCUCACUGCACUGUAUGAACUCUUCAUGGACAAGGGUGACGUCGUGCGUCAGGCCACUACCGCUGCAAACAAGGCCAUCCUCGCCCUCUUCCCUCCCGAGGCCACACGUUUGGUCUUCCGUACACUCGAGGGUAUCCUUGAGAAUGGCAAAUGGCGAACCAAGGUUGCGGUCUUAGAUGCUCUCCGUGACUUCGUCAAGACCGCUCCUCAGGAUGUCGCCAACGAGCUCGCUGUCACUUUGCCGAAAGUCGAGGGAGCUAUGCAUGAUACCAAGUCCGAGGUUGCAAGCGCCGCAAACAAGGCCGCGUCUGCAAUGUGCACUACGCUCCAAAACGCGGAUCUGACGCCUCACAUUCCUAUCCUCGUCAAGUGUAUGGGCGACCCAGCGUCUGUGCCUGCCUGCAUCAAAUCCAUGUCCAACACCACCUUCGUCGCCGAGGUCACCGCGCCCGCCCUCGCCGUUCUCGUGCCGCUCCUCCAGCGUGCUCUCAAUGACCGCAGCAUGGACGUGCAGCGCCGUACAGUCGUCAUUGUCGAUAACCUCGUCAAGCUUGUUCGCGAUCCGGCCGUUGCGGCGACAUACCUGUCUCAGCUUGUUGAAGGCGUCGAGAAGAUUGCGAAGGGUGCUGCUUUCCCUGAAGUUCGCGCUUUUGGUGAAGCUGCUCUUGCGACGCUCAAGAAGGCCGGUGCAUCGUCUACCGGGGAGAUUCCUCCCGCGCGUGAUAUCACCGGCCAGACUGCGGAGACGCGCAAGGAGCUCCUUGGCCUGUACCCUCAAAGCCUCGUCAUUGGCGGGGAGCCAGCUCUCCCAGUCUUUACACAAAUACUCGAUUUCGAGUCUGGCCUCGUUGCGGAUCUUGUACACGCAAAACGUUUCCAGGACAAGGCCGCGUGGAAGCGUUGUGUUGGCGUCUACAGUGGACCUUGGUUGUCUCCCAAUGACGGUCCUGACAGCACGACCUUUGCGGAGACUGUUCGGGAGCACUUUUACGGCAUUGAGAAGGCGAAGUACGCACCGGUGGAUGCCGAUGACGGCGAACAGGGCGAACUUCUCUGCAACACCGUCUUCUCUCUCGCUUACGGCGCGCUCCUGCUUCUUUCGCACACAUCACUCAAGCUGUACCGCGGACACCGAUAUGGAAUUCUCGGCACGAACGGCUCCGGCAAGUCGACCCUGAUGCGGCAGCUGCGCGACGGGAAAGUGGAGAACUUCCCCCCUCAGAGCGAACUUCGCUGCAUCAUGGUCGAGCACGCGCUUCAGGGCGAGGACACCUCGCUGACGAUCAUCGACUUCAUCGCUUCGGACAAGCAACUCGUAGGCGUCCCGCGCGAGAAGAUUGCUCAGCAGCUGCGGGAGGUUGGCUUCGACGACGAGAGGCAGCAAGAGACUACCGGUGGCCUGUCCGGUGGCUGGAAGAUGAAGCUCGAGCUAGCUCGCGCGAUGUUAUACAACGCUGACCUUCUUCUUCUCGACGAGCCGACUAACCAUUUGGACCGGGCGUCCGUUCAAUGGCUCGAGAAGUGGCUCUGUGACCAAAAGCACGUAACUGCCCUCGUUAUCAGUCACGACUCCGGUUUCCUUGACAAUGUAACAACAGAUAUCAUCCACUACGAGUCCAAGAAGCUUGUAUACUACCCCGGGAACCUCUCCCAUUUCGUGUCCAUUCAUCCGGAAGCGAAGUCCUACUAUACCCUCGCCGCUACUUCCGUCAAGUUCGCUUUCCCGCCACCCGGUUCGCUCAUGGGUGUGCGGAGUAAUACCCGUGCCAUCCUCAAGAUGCAGAACUGUACCUUCACCUAUCCGGGCAAGUCGAAGCCCAGUCUUAUCGACGUCAGUUGCGCGUUAUCCUUGUCGAGUCGUGUUGGUAUCGUCGGCCCCAAUGGUGCUGGCAAGUCUACGCUUAUCAAGCUCUUGACCGGAGAGACUGAGCCACAACAGGGUACGGUCACGAAGCACCCUGCCUUACGUGUCGGUUAUGUCUCUCAACAUGCCACUCACCACGUCGACCGUCACCUCGAGAAGACGCCCAUCCAAUAUAUCCAAUGGCGUUUCCAAGAUGGUCAUGAUCGCGAGAUCCUAGAGAAGGCCACCCGUGUCUUGACUGACGAGGAGAAGGCUCAGAUGGAAGUUCCAUUCGUCGGUAAGAAUGGUACCACACGCAAACUUGAGAUGAUCAUGGGUCGGCAAAAGCUCAAGAAGACGUUCCAGUAUGAGAUCAAGUGGCGUGGACUCGACCACAAGCACAAUACCUGGGUUCCCCGCGAUGAGCUCAUCCAGAAGGGCUUCACGAAGCUUGUGGCGCAAUUUGACGAUCUUGAGUCCUCGCGCGAGGGUGCUGGUGCUCGCGAGACCCGCGCGGACAUUGUUCGCAAGCAUCUCGAGGACAUCGGACUCGACGGUGACAUCGCUCAGUACAACGAGAUCGCUGGUCUCUCUGGUGGUCAGAAGAUCAAGCUCGUCAUUGCUGCAUGCUUGUGGAACAACCCGCAGAUCUGCGUGUUGGAUGAGCCUAGCAAUUUCUUGGACCGCGAGGCGCUCGGUGGGCUCGCGGUUGCCAUACGUGACUGGGCCGGUGCUGUGGUAAUCAUCUCGCACAACGAAGAGUUCGUCAACGCGUUGUGCCCCGAGAUCUGGGACGUGAACGCCGGACGUAUGACGCGCCGCGGCAAAGUCGCUAUCGUAGAGGACGCCUUCUCGACGCCCAAGCCGCGCAGUGGCGAAUCCACGCCCUCGCGCUCGCGUGGACAGACGCCCGCGGCUUCUCGCGGCGCAACACCUGCUGGUUCAGUCGCUCCUACCCCCGCCGGUAGUGAUGCAGAGGGCGCAGCGCCCGGGUCUGCGAAUGGCGCCUCGACUCCACCCGUCAGGAAAAAGAAGAAGUUGACGCGUAACCAGGUCAAGGCGCGCGACGAGCGCCGGAAGGCUCGUCAUCUGAAGUGGCUCAUCGAAGGCGGUCCGAAACCUGAGGACACAGACUCCGAUUAG